AUGGUGUGCACGGGACCUGCACCGAUAAGCUCCGAUUUCCUCCGCUGUAUCUCCGGUCCCACAGUAGGCAUUGACGAAACCUAUCACGUUCAAACUGCAGGAGGAAAGUACAAUCGGUUACGAAAAACUGGUCUGCGAACAAUCGCCGUCUCGCCUCGGUUUGUAAACAACAUCGCUCUACGUCGCUCUGCCCGCGUCGAAACAGUAAAAAACAAAAUUAAGAAAAACGGCAGAACACUGUUCUACGAAAAUCUGCUGUCGUCCCACUCCCGCGUCCGCGACACUGGUCGCACCGGCGCAAAUCCGCUCGCAACAAGAGAAACCCGCCAUCUCGUUUGGGCACUUUCGUCACAAUUUCCCGUAGGCAACAUCAAUCCGCCAGUCGUGGGCUCACGCCUGACACCGGCUUACGGGCCGAACGGCCGUUCUACAGAGCAAAGCAAAUCGACAAUGACAAUUUUCGGGACUUUUUUUUUUUCAAUAAUAAUUCUGUCCAACGUAACGUUUCCUUUUGUUUUUCCGUCUGACUUGCGCGAUUGUACGCACACGCAGUUUUCAAACAGAGCGACAGCAUUACAGUUCGCCGGCGCAUCAGUUCGCGUACCCGCCCACACUGCCAGAGCACGCGUGUUCAACGCCGUUUUAACGCGCUCGUGUCGACUCGCCGAGCCAUUUUUCCCCGGGACCGGAGAAUUAUUACGAUACGGUCUCGUAACGUCCGGCGAUUCGAUCGUUACACGCACCUAG